UUGCACUUUGCCUGUCACAUACAUCUCGACAGAGGCAACAUUCGAUAUGAAAGUUUCCUCUGUCGAGAAACUUCCUCACACCUCAAGAGAUGCGAAGAACUUUUGACAGGCAAAGUGCAAUAUAUAGGAUUGCACUUUGCCUGUCACAUACAUCUCACAGAGGAAUUUCAUAUCGAAUGUUGCCUCUGUCGAGAAAACUUCCUCACACCUCAAGAGAUGCGAAGAACUUUUGACAGGCAAAGUGCAAUAUUGAUAGGUGAUUGCACUUUGCCUGUCACAUACAUCUCGACAGAGGCAACAUUCGAUAUGAAAGUUUCCUCUGUCGAGAAACUUCCUCACACCUCAAGAGAUGCGAAGAACUUUUGA